AGUACAUUGCAAAUAGAACGUAUUGCAAAUCAAUUGCAAAUGUUCUUUUUUUGCAAAUUGUACGAACUUGUAAUGUAUAUUAAAGCCCUAAAUUUCACCUGUGACCUCUAGCGAACCAUAAUAAACGUACCAUAAGCUGGUAAAGUAGAAGACAAUACAAAGGGUUUAGAGCAACAUUUUUGAUGUACCUCACAAAUUUGACGACUGAUGAUAAAUAUAUGAUGACAAUUUGAGGUUAUAAUUUAUUUCACACAUUUACAAUACAAAUCAACGAAAAGUAAUGACAAAUAUUUAGCAAAAACAUGAAAUUAGUGUCAAUGGUGUUUGUUUAACAUUUAAUUGAGUGCACACAAUAAUCUGUGUUUAUUGACAAAUUCAUUAGAACCAGAAUAUACCUCGAAAGUUCUAUUAUAUACAUGUUAAAACGUAAUAAGUUCCACCUAAAAUAUGGUGUAUUUUAAAAAGUGAUUAUCAUAUGUAUAAAUAAGUUGGAAACACAAAAAUGGAUUUAGAAACAGCACAAACAAUUGUUUUGGAAACAUUGCAUAAGGCAUCAAAUCAAAAUCCUGAUAUACUAAAACCGGCUGAAUCGAAGUUACGUGAAUGGGAAACACAACCGGGUUUCUAUUCUAUACUUUUUAAUGUUAUUUCGAAUCAUACAAUCGAUAUUAAUGUCAGAUGGAUUGCAGUUUUGUAUUUUAAAAAUGGGAUUGAUAAAUAUUGGAGAAAAAACGCUCCCAAUGCAAUUAGCGAAGAAGAAAAAGUAUCAUUACGACGUGGUCUAAUAUCGAAUUUUCACGAACCCGUCAAUCAAAUUGCAUUACAAUUAGCAGUGUUAGUAUCGAAAGUGGCCCGAUUUGAUUGUCCACGUGAAUGGCCUGAAUUAGUCCCCACACUAUUGGCAGCUAUCGAUAGUCAAGAUUCUCUAACGCAGCAUAGAGCGUUGUUAAUGUUACACCAUGUAAUGAAACAGUUAUCAUCGAAACGUUUGACUGGAGAUCGAAAAUUAUUCCAAGAAUUGACUGGGAAUAUUUAUACGUUUAUAUUAAAUUUAUGGAAUAAUUAUACGGAAAUAUUUAUACGACAUAUUCAACAAAAUUCAUCAGUUGAAAUUAUUACGGAAAAUUUAGAAAAAGCAUUGUUAACGUUGCGGAUACUGCGAAAAUUAACUGUCCAUGGAUUUAAGAAACCACAUGAAUCCACUGAUGCUGUCUGUUUUAUGAAUGUAAUUUUUGAACGAGCUAAGUCUGCAUUAGAAUGUCGAAAACAAUUACGGGGAAAAGGAAUAUACUUAUUAGAAUUGUGUGAAAAAUUUAUCAUCCAUUUAACAAAAAUAUUAAUCGCAGUCCUUGAUACGCAUCCAUUCAGUUACGUGGAUUUAAUUCAACCAACGCUCGAGUUUACAGUUUACUAUUUAUUUACAUCGGAUGGAGCCCAUUUGUUAUACGAACGAUUUAUUAUUCAAUGUUUCAAUUUAAUUAAAGGGAUCUUAUUGUGUGCAGAAUAUAAACCAGCGAAAGUUAUUGAAAUGACCCAAGAUUCUGAAACAUUACGAGCACAUCAAAUUAAAAUGAAUUUCUUUCAACCAAAUACAUUGGCAGAAAUGUGUCGAAAAUUAGUGUCACAUUAUUUCUUGUUAAAACAAGAUGAUCUAGAAAUGUGGGAUGCUGACCCUGAAACAUUUGCGACAGAUGAAUGUGGAGAAAGUUGGAAAUAUAGUUUACGGCCAAGUACUGAAACAGUGUUUGUGACAUUAUUCCACGAAUUUCGUCAAACAUUAGCACCAGUUUUAUUGGAAAUGAUUAACGCAUCACAUGGCUUAGUAUCGCCUACAGAUUUACCAGCGAUUCUACACAAAGAUGCAAUUUAUAGUGCUGCUGGUCUUGCAGCAUUUGAUUUAUAUGAUGAGAUAAAUUUCGAUCAGUGGUUUUCAUUGACAUUAAUACAAGAAUUAAAAGUAAAAGAUAAUAACUAUCGUAUAAUUCGACGUCGUGUUGUAUGGCUGAUUGGUGUUUGGACAUCCAUAAAAUUAUCACAAGAACUACGUCCAAUUUUAUAUGAUACAUUGUUAAUGUUGUUGCAACCGAAUGAAGAUAUGGCUGUACGUUUAGCAGCAUCCACGACCUUACGUCAUGCUGUUGAUGCAUUUGAAUUUAAUUGUGAACAAUUCUUUUCGUAUUUAGAACCGUCAUUUAGUUUGUUAUUUAAUUUAUUAAAGGAGGCACAUGAAUGUGAUACAAAAAUGCAUGUUUUAAAUGUUCUCUCAUUAAUUGUUGAACGUGUUGGAUUAUCAAUCCGCCCGCAUGCGGAUUCAUUAAUGUCAUAUUUACCCCUAUUAUGGAUCGAAUCCGAAGAACACAAUAUGUUACGUUGUGCAAUUGUCUCAACGUUAGUACAAUUAGUCAAAGCACUGGGGGCAGCUAGUUUAAGUGCUGCUGGAUUAAGUGAUUUCCUAUUAUCGGUAAUCCGUUUAGGUACGGAUAUUAAGCAGAAUGCUGUUGUAUAUUUAUUAGAAGAUUGUUUAGAAUUAUGGUUGGCUGUUUUGGAAAAUUCACAAGUAAUGUCCGAUGAAUUAAUUAUUUUAUUUGAUAAUAUACCAGCGUUAAUGGAAGAUUCAACAGAAAAUUUACGAAUGAAUUUAUCAAUUGCACAAGCGCAUAUUUUAUUAUCACCAGAGCGUACGCUAAUUGUACAGGGGCCAGCGUUGAUAAACGUGUGUGAUUCGAUGAUCAGUGAUUUAAAUUCUGAUGGGAUUAUCAUUCUAAUGCGAUUGUUGGAAACUUGUUUGCGUGCAGCGCCACAGAUUUCACCUGAUAUUUUGAAACCGAUUUUACCAAGGAUAUUUGAUGGAGUGUAUCGUGGUGAAGAAUUACCAAUGGUAAUGACAAUGUAUUUAUCUGUAAUAUCAAGAGUGUUGAUGGUAUCAGCAGAUGUUUUUAGCACGGCAUUAUCACAACUUGCGCACCUCGUAAACGAACCAGUUGACAAUGUUUUACAUCAAAUAUUAAAUGUCUGGAUACAUAAAAUGCCUUUAGUUACACAAUUGGAACGACGUAAAUUAUUAGGUUUAGCUUUGACCACACUAUUAACAGCACAAAGUCGUCCUGUUCUAGAAUGUUUUAGUGGUAUAAUGGCAAAUAUUAUUGAAGCAUUAAAUGAUGUGCUACGAACAGAUGAUAUAAAUGGUUUGGGUAACGGACAACAAAUUGAUUCAUUGAUAAUUAAUGUAAAUAUUAGUCCAAAUAGUCCAACAAGUUUAUAUGAUUUGGAUGAUGCUGAUUAUAUUACGGAACAUGAUCAUCGACGUAAACAAUUGGCUGCUACGGAUCCUGUACAUACGAUUGUGUUAAAAGAUUUCUUACAAGUACAGACUGCGAAAUUAAGGGAACAAAUUGGCGAAGCACAAUUUCAACAUCUACUGGACAGUUUAGAUGAUUUUAUGCGACAACAGUUUCGGGAGCAUAUUGGUAUUUAGUUCGUCUUCAAGAAAAAGUGAGUCAUGGAUACUUACACACUUUUUACUAUUCAUGGAAUGGUUGAAAGUGCGUGAACUGUGUCCAAAAUUAAAAAAAAAAAAUACAUACCUUCAUUUAUGUACUGUUGAUUACGCGAAACAUUCCUAAUCAAAUGUUAUCUAUAAAUUAAAAUGAUUUAUUUUCAAGUUCCCUGAUCCAAAAACAAUCGACACUCUAAAAUUCUUUUUUUUAUGCCUAGAAUAUUAUUACGCCAACAAUUUUAAUAUCUUCCAUACUCAAAAAUAAAUU